AUGAAAGUUGACAUCCUAUCAAAGGAGCUUCUAAAACCAUACAAUUCUACUAAACCUAGCUUCCAGCACUAUCGUAUAUCAUUAGUAGAUGAACUAUGCCCAACAAUGAAUACUCCUGUCAUUUUAUAUUACCCCCGUAAUACCCGAAGUUGCGGCACCGGUGAUUCUACUAGCCAUUCAAGUAGCAAUAUCUUGAAAAAGGCAUUAUCAAAAGCCUUGACCCCAUUCUAUCCAUUAGCUGGAAGAUACAUGAAAGAUUAUUAUAUGGUUGAGUGUAGUGAUGAUGGUGCCUACUUUGUUGAAGCCACAGUAGAUGUUGAGCUCCAUGAUCUUCUUGGCAGAAGGGAAUAUUUAAAGGUUGAUGGUCUUAAUUGCUUACUCCCAUAUCCAAUUGGUGCAAGUGAUGAAAUCACUGACCCUCUGCUUGCAGUACAGUUAAGUACUUUUGCCUGCGGUGGAUAUGCCAUUGCCAUAAUGACUUCACACAGAGUUGCUGACAUGUCAACCACCUGCACAUUCAUCAAACAAUGGGCUACUGAUUCAAAGAGACUAUUAGAGGGCGCUGAGGAAGAUGAUCACAUGUCAACCUCACCAAGCUGGAACUCAGCUUUGUUCUUUCCAGGGAAAAAACUGUCACCUAUUCCCUUUGGAAUUCCUAGGGCUAAAGAAAGUGUUGAGGAUCUUGAUAUCAUUACAAAAUUUUUAUAUUUUAGCAAGAGUGAUAUCAUCAGAAUUCGAGACAAGGCCAAACUAGACAGCUUAAGCGAGAAGUUACCCUCAAAGGUGCAAUCGGUGUUAGGGAUAAUAGGAAAAGCUAUUAUUGAUUUAUCUGUGGCUAACCCUGCAAACCCUAAGAGAUUCAUGAUUGCCCAGGCACUAAAUAUGAGGGAAAGAAUGCAUCCACCAUUGCCCAAAGACCAUUGCGGUAAUAUGUUUUUGUUUACUUCUGCUGAAUCUGUUGCAGAUGAAAAAGGGGUGGAGUUGCCGAUUCUUGUAAAGCAACUUUCUGCCUCUGUCAGUAGAGCCCUCGAGGACUGCAAGACGUUACUCUCACUUGGAGAUGAAGGGCAGAUGAUGAUAGCUCAUGCCUUCAAUAAUUUGACAAACAGGACUAUUUCUAAACCAGGGCAUUCCAUUGUCUGUAUAUUUUCUGACUGGACUAAGUUUCCAUUUUAUGAAACUGACUUCGGCUGGGGACUUCCUAUUUGGGUCAGUGCUUCCUACAUCCCUCUCCAAAAUAGUGCUAUCUUAAUUUCUGAUAAAUCAGGCGAAGGGAUUGAAGCUUGGGUAAAUUUGAAUGUCGGUGAUUUGUCAAAAUUCCAGAACGAUUGCAAUAUCAUGGAAUUUACUUCCUAA